AAUGAAGAAUUCAUCCUCCUCCUCCGACAUAAAACAAUGGCUCUCUUUUCCGGUGAUCCUUUCCGGCGGUUCUUCUUGACCUCUCCUAUUCAUGGUUCGACAUCAGCCCUCAUGGAUUGGUUUGAAACACAAACUGCCCACAUCUUCAAAUUCAAUGUUCCAGGAUAUAGUAAAGAUGAAAUAAAGGUGCAUGUGGAUGAAGGAAAUGUACUUGUGAUUAGAGCUGCCGAGGCCGGAAAAGAUGAAGAAACGGGGAAGGAAAAAGAGAAAGAGUCGGUGGUUUGGCAUUUGGCGGAGAGAGGAGGAGGAGGAGGGGGGAGAGAUGAGUUUGGGCGGGAAAUAGAGUUACCGGAGAAUGUGAAAGUGGAUCAGAUAAAGGCGUCGGUGGUGAAUGGGGUACUUACGGUUGUGGUUCCUAAAGAUAAUUCUAGAAAAGUAAAUAAGGUUAGAAACAUUAAUGUCACUAGUAGCAAGCUUUAAUGUCACUAGUAGCAAGCUUUAGAGAU